AUGGCAACUGCAGAAGGAGGUCGAUUCGACUUUGACGAUGGUGGCAGCUAUGUGGGUGAGUGGUGCGAGAACCGAGCCCACGGCUUCGGUAUCGCUACGGGUCCGGAUAAUCAGGGAGAGUACUCUGGCGAGUGGAACAUGGGUUUCGAAUCGAGAGGCGUAUAUGUGUGGCCCUCGGGAAACCUCUACGCAGGAGGCUGGCUCAAGGGCAAGCGACACGGAGAGGGAGUGCAAAUCAAGGGACGGUGGAUUUACCGGGGUGCUUUCACCUCAGGAUUCUAUGGACGCUAUGGAGUCAAGGAGUCUUUGACCACAUGCGCGCGGUAUGAAGGCAGUUGGCAUUUGAACCAGUUCGACGGGUUCGGUGUGGAGACUAAUUCGGAUGGAAGUAUUUACGCCGGCGCCUGGUCGAAAGGUAUGCGUCAGGGUUUGGGUGUCCGCAAAUCCGCACCCUGGGGGUUGGCAGCGGAGCAUCACAGCACAGUGCGCGCCGCUCAAUCCCAGAGUAGUCUGCCCUCCACCCACGACUCUGAUCGUGGUGGCUGGCGGGGGCCCGGUAGCUCUGGUGGUUCUGCAGGCUCCGUUGACCAUAUCCACGGUGGAAGAUUCGAAGCCUUCCGCUCGGGAUUCGUGCUCAAAGCCACCUCGUACCCUGUGGGCACCACACCUCCUCCCUCUCGUUCUCAAUCCGCCGCCCCCUUUCGCUCUUCUUCUAAUGAGAGGCGCACCUCCCUCAAACGAUUCCUCUUACGUAAAUUACGGAAACCCAAAUCUACCGGUGAUUUGAGCAGUGUGGGUCCCCACACGAUCAGUGGACCUGGCUCUGCUAGCUCCGGUCGAUUCGGUGGAUUGCAUGGGCCGCGUGCCGGUGGUUCUCUGCGCUCAAACAUCAGCGGAGUCACGGGGAAUUCUGUGUUCGCGGAGCACCAGAGUCGGGCCGAUAUUACCGGAGUUGGUGCAACAGACAGCUUGGAUGAACCACUGGGCCCGAAUGUGACGGAGACCUACAGUGGUCAGUGGAAUGAAGAUCGACGAUCUGGCUACGGUGUGGCCGAGAGGUCAGAUGGCCUUCGCUACGAAGGGGAGUGGUUUAACAAUAAGAAGGAUGGCUACGGAGUCACCUAUCAUCCGGAUGGAAGUCGGGAAGAGGGUCGCUACAAGGAGAACAUUAUUGUCCAGCCAUUAAUGAAAAGGACUAAGCUCUACCUCCUUAGGCAUUCGAAACUAAAGGAUAAUGUAGAGGAGGCUGUGAGAAAAGCUCGGGAGUCGGCCAAAGAAGCUCAAGAAAAAUCGUCUGAGACUGCUCACCAAAGGGCUCAAACUGCUCGGAGUGUUGCCAAGACAGCCGAGACUAGAGCGGAGGAGGCGAAGAACAUUUCGGAUCAAGCUCGCGCUAUCGCCACUGAAUUUGCCUCCGACUUCAUUCAAAUGGGGGUACAAUGGGAGCGGAACAAUCCCUUCGCCCACAUGAUCACUCGCAGUGGAACGCCCUCCACCACGGCACAGGUCGCCCCGAAUGGGGUGACUAUGAGGCUGGCGAACACCAACAACCUCUUCGUCAACAGCCUCGAGGUGAGUGGCGGCAACCGGCGCGGCAGUUUUCGAUCCAGUUUCAAACGCAGCACCAGUGGCACUCUGAACGAGAGUAACCUUGACGGACCCAAACCCGCUGAAGAAAUUAAGCCACAGGCGGCGCAGGUUCAAACAGCGACGGUGAAUGCACGGUCACCAAAAUUCGCGACAGUUCAAAACUUAGAGGAGACCAAGUUUGAGACUUUGGGUGGACCCGUUACACCAGCUGUCCCAUCGCCAAUAGCCAAGAAGCCUCCGGUCUUGCACACAGCACAGGUUGUUCUUUCCAACGAUUCACAGGUGCACAUGGCCAUGAUGGAGUUUGCAAACACCGCGUCUAAACCAGUAACAGAGCAGCGAGUGGCUCAGGGGAGGCCAAUGGCACGAGCGGCGACCGCGGGUUUUACAGGACCACCGCCACUCUCAGCCUUCGAUCUCAUGAAGUCGGGCAAGAUGCCGACAGCCCCAGAGGAGCGAAAGAUGACACGGAGGCGCACGCUGCCCUCCAUUCUCACCACACCGCCAUCAACAGUGCCGACUCCGCAGGCAAGCAGUAAGACGAUCACACUGCGACGGCAGGGGAUUACAGCAGGAGGAGUUGGAGGUGGCGCAAGUCGACUUUCACCCUCUUCUGCUGCGGCGCUGGGAAAUCCUGCGGGAGAGAAGCACUUUGCGAUGCCCGGCCUCUCUUCUAACUUGGACGACGUGCACCACAGUUCGGAGAACCUCGUGGAGACGUACAUUAUUGAGGAUGGUGUGAAAAAGCGGGUGCAGCCAACCAAGGCUUCCGAAGGGGGUGGAUUGCUGACGAAGGGGAACACUCCUGGUGCUGCGGGGACGCUGCGACGAGGACAUGGAGUUUCACCUGACCGGCGUUUCAAAGGUGGUGAUGAAGUCCGACGACUGGCGGGAGGUACGGGCAUGCCACAUCGACUGGAGACGGACUUCGACACAGGCGAAUUGUUGCCCCUGCCGGAUGCCUACAAGAUUGAGUCGGUGGGAAAUUUGCGUACUGGUGGGCUUGAGACGAGCAUGCCCGACGUCUCCAAGGGUGUUGAAGGCAUGCUACUGAGCAAGGGCGGGUCUGGUUCGCCUCGUCUCGGAAUCGGUGGUCUCCUCACUCGCGAUGAGGUCUGCCGUCUCGGUCAGCAGCGCCGCCACGAACUGCUGCUCGAUCGGGAACGCAAAAAGCGUGGUGAAAUCAUUAUUCGGCUGGCGGAUAUCAAGGAUUGGUUAUGGGCAAACAUAGUGGUGGUGAUGGUGCUGCUGCUGAACCUGUGCCUAGCCUUUCUCUUCAUAAACCUUGUGAACAACGCCGGCAAGUUAGGUCCACCAACAGCGCAGGUGGCGGAACUCUCGCUGGAGGAGAAGCGUGCGGCCGCUAGCGCCGCUGCUGAAGCCGUGCAAAAGGCACUCCGUGCCGCCAAUGCAGCCUCUCGCGCUGCUGCUUCGUCCGUGUCUCGGCCAAAGAGCUAA